AUGGAGAGAGUACGCAAGACUUACUUCGACCCUUUGGCCACGACCAAGGGUCGCAUUACCGACCUUCUGCAGCAAUUGCCAGUCGGCUCGGCGCAUCCUUUUAGCCCUGAAAAAGUGUUACUAUGUCGGACGAAUAACGGGAUAGAAGAGAUUGAUAUCUCUAGUUACAAUGAAGAGUAUUUCUACAACGCGGUUGAUUUGGGCGAAAUGGGCGAGAUCCUAUUAAGACGCAUGGCAGGCUUCAAGAACCAUUUAGCGGUCUUUGACGAUUUCCAGAUCAUGCAAGCUCCAGCAGCGACGUUCAAAAUCCCGAUAGUAUCAGGAAACAUCACGAUCCUCGCAGUUUCAGAACUGACCCCUACGUACUACGACUUCUGCUUCUCGGACGAGGAAUGCAACUCUUGCUGCUGGCUAGCGCGCGAUACCUUCUCGGGCAUCACACACAGCGGCGAUCUCCUCAACAACAGAGAUCUGCUAGACUAUGUGAAGAUAGAUGCGGAGAAGUUGACGCAUAAGCCUAUUGGUGUUUUCAUUUCGGGGUACCAGAAGACGCAGAUCACGAGGUUUCUGGGGACGAAUCCUGCAUUGAUGGUUGCGGAUCAUGUAGACAAGAUUCUUUAUAUCAUCCCUGUUCCUCUGGACAAGGCUACCAUCGGGGAUGCAACACUUUGCUGUCCUUUGGUAAUCAAGCGCGAUGAGGAUUCCAUCAUCUGCUCGAUAUUGCCCACUGCUACGACGGAGCGAGACAUGAUGUGUCACAGUAACAAGACGAAGAGUCCUUGUUUCCCUGAGGCUAUCAGGAGAGCUGACUUUACGCUUUCCGCGCCUCAAGCUACCAUCACCCAGACAAAAGGCAAUGAUGAAUCCGAUUUGUCCAGGUUGGCAUUGACAAACGACACCGUGGCUUUGGAAAAGCGGCACGCGAUAUUGACCACCGAUGUAUCAGCCAUUCCAAGCGUUCUUGCUUCCGACGCACAGGUCAUCCGCUUCGGCACAAGUAUUGAAUUCAUGCCUUCUGAUUUCCAAGCCGAAGAGGCCAAUGAGUCAGCCGUUGUCCUUCCUUGCAUCUUCGGAUCCCAGCUACAAGGUCCCAUGCUCUUAGCCACUGGAAAUGUCCCUUCCAAUGUCCCUUUCAGCGAUGAGAAGGCCCUGUGUGCUUACUACGAACAACUCGACAGCAUUGCGGUGGUCGUAGACGAGCGAAUGACCGAUAAUGCACGAAAUCUAGCGACGAGCCAAAGACUCAAUGCCUUGUUCAUUGUCAAGGUCAAGUCGGCCAAGAAGCCCAAUACUACGGAUGAGGUUGUAUCUGCACUAAGCUCGGCGAAUAUCAAUGCGGUGACGGCGCUCGCGGGACCGCAGUCUCUGAUCGUGGCCAACAUCGACGAUAGCUUCUACUUCUACCGCGGUCUAGCAGAUCCUAAGAUCCUAGACACAUCCAAGCUAGACUUUGGAGCAGAUAUCACAGGCAUCAUCAAGUCUACGGGCUUAAAGUCCUUGUUGGCCCCCAAGGUUCCCAGAUUGGUCAACCUCGGGGAGGACAACACCAUCGUUCUGCCCUACACUUCCCAAGUGGUCAAGCCACAAGACUUGGCACAAAUCUUCGAGCAGCUCAGCAUCGAUAAGAUCAACACCAUGCACAGCGAUAUUACAGCAGCCGUACCUCAACUACAGGCUCUCCUGAGCCAGAAGGAUCUCCAGAACCUGUCCAAGGAUCUAGUAAACAUACUCUCCGCCAAGAUCGACAAGGCAGUGGGGCCUAUGAGACGCGACUACAUUCAAUUCGUCGCCACAGAGUUCAACAUCGAGAACAAGGAGUCCGUUAUUAAGAAGAACAGAAUGCUGGGAGAGUUGCGGAAGGCUACCAAGGAAACGCAGGCUGUCCUCGAGCCGGUGAUAUCGAGCCUGUCCAACAUGCUGUCUUCUCAGACAACUUCCAAGAGAACGCAUGACAUGAAGCGGCUUGUUCGACAGACGCAGAUCCAGAAUAAUGUCGAGGCUACCAAGUCUAUGACUUUCGAGGGCAUGACUGGUUUGCUUGAGGCGCAUGCUGAGGAGAUGGGUGUGAUGCUGGUCAACAUUGAGACACUUCCUUACAAGGCACUUUUGUCCAAGCUGACGAGUCGCGACAUUGACGCUAGACCUGCGUGUGAGCUUGACUCACGAAUUCUGCAUCUCGACGGCUUCGACGCCGGCAUUAUAAUCCAGCAAUCUCAGAGCCAGCACGUCGGCCCUCUCCAAAGCCAAGCCGGACCAACGCAUCCCACUCUUGCCCUCCCCUACCUCAGCCAACAGCGAGGAGACGGCUCCAUGUUGGCCUGGGUGUGCUGGGACGAGUUCGUCAAUCUCAAGAGUCCUUACCGGGUGCGCUGGAUGGAGAAGUGUAACGAGGCACACAUUGCAGCAUUGAGAAUCAUGAUGAGAGAUACCCUUAGUCGUGCGAUUGUCUCAAGGGAGUAUAACUUCGAGUCUGGUAGCAUUGAAAUUGGCCAUUUGAUGAGCUCGUUGCUUAUGGCUUCCAUGUCCAAGCUCGCGAACAUGAGGACAACGGCCCCCGUUGUGCUUGACAAAGCUGAGGAUACAGUCACUAGAUUGAUGCGAGGCCUCUUUGGCAACCUCAUGACCAUCGCCGGCUCAGGUGUCCGCCCUCUCAGCAUGGUCUGGCAAAUGUUCGGUCUGGAGCCCCAAUACGACGUUCCCACCAGCGAUGCCGACUGGGUCUGGUACGAGAACGUCGUCGAGCUGUAUCCCUACACUGGCUGGCCUCUGGAGCAGUUCCACACAAACCUCGGCAAACUCCUCGACAAGAUUAUCGUGCGGGUCAUAAUGAAGAACGAAAACGUCGCUGAGAUCAAGAAGAGCGCCAGUGAAGACAUGGCGCGGUUCUGCAAGCUUCGGAAUAUCCAGCUUGAGCACUGUCGCACUAUCGUUACUAUCUUCCAGCGCAUGCUUACCACGAGUGGUGUAGAUGUCCCAGCUAUUGCGACACGGCUGGCAGGAAAUGUACCACAUAAAUUGGAGAAGCAGACUUCUGGCUACACGAAGAUGAUGAGUUACAUUGACCAUCUCUCCAAGGGCGGUGACAGACGUCCUGCUGAUGACACGGUCUACGCAAAUGUCUACACCAAGCGCUCAGCAGCCUUCAAGGAUCUCAAGACGGCGAUCGCUGAAGCAUGUCGAGAGAAGGACUGGGAAACAGCAAAGAAGUCUUGUCAAAGUAUCGUGGACUACCACGCCGAGAUUGCUUCCCUAUGGCAAAUCGAACCUGAGAAGUUGAAGGUGCAGAACAUGAAGAAUUACCGCUUGCUCAUUGAUGCAGAUGUGUCCGAGGAUGCUGAUCAGGAAACCAAGAACAAUACCAAGAAGGUCGUCCAGCGCAUUAUGGACGACGCAGAGAAGGACCGUUUGCCAUGGCAGGUUGGAAAGGAUCUAUCCAAGAGCCGCUUCGAACCCCUCGACGAAGACUUCCUCGAGGAGAUGCUAACAGGUACACGCCCUGUAUCUACAGAACCCCAAGCACUCGUACAACAUCCAGCUCCCGUACAGCAGCCAGCUCCUGCAGAAGAACCUACCUCUGAAGACAGUUUCACUCAGUUCAACUCUUCCCUCGCUCCAAGCUUUAUCUCCGCGAUGGAUAGAGCCCUCACAGCCGAUGAUGUCUGCAAGAUCACCAAGGUUCCUGUUUCGACGAUGCGGGUAUUUGUGAAGACAUUGAAUCCUGACUUUGCAUGGGAGGAUCUUGGGCAGCAGUUUAAGAUUGUGGUGUUGGGGUUACUGAAGGAGAGGUCAAAUCGGGCGGAGAGUAGACCUGCUACUAAGAUGUUGAGGAUGCGGUAA